CAUACUUUAUGCUAUAAUUAAUAGUGUGAAGAUAAGAAUUGGUUCCUGUUUAUAUCCUACAAUAUGAUACCGAUGGCAACUUAUCCUUAUCCACUAAACGUGUUUAAUGCGGUUUUCUAGGUCUGUUUUGGGACAUCCGCACUAUGCACACUGUUUGCAAACUGGUCUAAACACUACACUAUUAAAGGUAUUAUUCCAUUAUUAAGGGAGUGAACAUUUUGAGAAGUCCUUGUAGACAUUUGUUGAUGAUGUUGCGAGAUAGGAAUUACAGGAAGUUGGAAUUUUAUGCCUGAAAAUCUUAUUCCUAUGUUUUCGAGAGGCAUCCUGAGAGCUUUGUAGAUACUGGCAUGAUCGACCAAGAGUGAAACGUUAGCAAUUAAAUUAAUUGGAAUAUAUUUAUAUUUUUUAAAGCAUGCCCAGGGCUCAGAUGUAACAGUGGUCGGAGUGGACUCCUCCUCCAAGGAUCUUUGUUGUUCAAUGAGCCUCAGUGACAGUGGUGUUUUUGAGCCUCGUCUUUUAAAAUGGCUUUGACCCUAAAAAAAAUCCUCCGUACCUAACAAAUCUUCUCGUAGUUCGUAGUUCGUAGAGCUCGUAGUUCAUGGGGCUUAAAAGGAUAUUCUACCUACUGAUUACCUACCACUACCUACCACUAUGAUACCUACCACUUAAUAAGAAACCUCUUAAUCGAAGGAAUCCAAAGGACCUUGUGUACUAAGAGUCCUCACUGUCGAAAGAGUCAUCUCUUCCAUAGACCCUCACAGACCCCAUAGUCGAAGAGAGCCCUCGCGGGAGCCUUUUACUGAAAGGUCUUAUAGUCGAGAGUCCUCGUAGUCAAAGCUUCAUUCACCAAGACACCUUACAAUCGUAACUUAUUUAUCGUCCAAAUGGACUUCAUCUAUCAAAAAACCUUGUCGCCGAAGACACCUUUAUCAACUCACCUAAUCAGCAGCCCGGAGAAAAAAGGUAUUAAGAAAGGUGUUUCUGCCUCUGACCACCUGUGUCACAGUCCACCACUGUGAAUACAUUUCUAUUUUCCUCCUCGAACAAAACAAAAUGUACUGGCGUUCGAUCGUAAGAAAUGGGUUUGACAACUCUGGUUUUGUCAUUUCAAACGCUACUGAACGUCGGCACCCCACGAGGCGUUAGUUUUUUUUUAUUAAAAUCAAUACUAUCGCUGAUGAGUAGCUCCAGAUAUCUGAUAACUUUUUUUUUAUCACAAAUCAUUACUUCAAGUGAUCUUGCUUGAAAUAUAGCAGCAGGAUAUGCAGCUAUCUAAUGCCAAAUAUUAAGCAAUUACACUAAAAUGGUGCCGUAUUACAAGUGAUACUAUUUUUUAAAAAUAUUUUACACUAAUUCACACAUCUAUCAUGCUUCAAACAGACUACAAAAUCUGAUAGUUAGCUUCUAAUAUAAAAAAGAAAUUUCAAUUAAAAAAUUAUUUGAACCAUAUAAUAGCGCCGGUAAUUACCAUAAUCCUUGGAUUCAAUCAAUCGAACAUCAAUUGUCAAUAAACCAUACCAUGAAUGCAUAUUUCUGCAUUACCAGCCGCGAGACUUCUAGUGCAUUCCACGCAACGCAACGUGCUCAACGCCGAGUUGCAUCCCGAAACUGUGACCGUGUGUCUGUUCCCACCAUACCGACAACAAUCCGAAGUGCACAGUUCCCAUGCUCUUCGUGUCUCGCGGCUUCGCGUGCAUCCAAAUGCAGCGGGAGCCAGCUUCAGUAAAACUAUUCACCCUGCCGAGAGGAGAUUUCAAUUCAGUUGGCCUACCGGUGCGCACAUGGGCACGUGUGCAGUGUGACGAUAACAUUGGUCGCGAAUUAAGUGAUAGAUUAUUGAUGCACCAUUGAUUGGAAUUCUAGAAUUUAGUGCAAUUGAAGACUGAUUUCACAACAAUAAUUCUGCAGUAACGGGAGGUUACAGUUUAAACGAUAAUCGACGAUAGUGUUGUAUUGUGAUAGGUUGUCGAUUCGGCCAACCCCUAGUGUGAGUGCGUGGUGUGUUUGAAACUAGGCCACGAAUACGUAAUCAUCGCUGUAAGGCAUUCGCGGACGACGUUCGACGCCCUGUCUGACCUGGCAUUGACCAAAUCAUCGGAAAAUCAUCGGCCAUUACAUCACACAACGUCACGAAACAAAAAUGCCCGAAUUUGUCAUUGAAAAGCGCAAUAUUCCAGUCCUGACCGUUUCGUCCCGAGAUGGACCGGUGGUCAACGAGAAUGGUGACAAUCCGCUCGGAUUUCGUAUUACCGGUGGAGCGGACUUCGAGAUGCCCAUCACCGUGUUCCAGUCCCUUGCGAUAGCCGCCGGUCCAGCUUCGAUUCGACGUCGUCCUCGUCGCACGAUCAUCGCUCACUGUCCUGCGAUUCCUGCGAUAGCCUGAGCGUGCAGGCCGUGGAACAACAGCUGCGCCAAAUGCAACAGCAGCUCAACGAAAUCAGCGUCAUACCGAUGCAAAUUCAGGCAACGCUAAGCUUCCUCACGCAAACCUUGUCCAAGUUUGCACCACCCGAACUACAGCGCCAGCUUCCGGAAGCUCUACGCGCCAGCACCAAACAAGCAUCGGAAGAAAUCAAGGAGUUUGUGGGCGGUGCGGACUCAACGGAACGGGACGAAACUGUCGAUGGGGAAGUGACAGAGGAGGAGACGUACACCAUCACGCUGGAGUCUCUGUUCGAUGAAUCGGAGGUGCUUGAUACGAUUCCCGCUCGUGGAGAGGACGAUGAUGACGAUGGACAGUCGCAGGACGAGGAUACGCCCGAAGAGCCUGAAAUUAGUGAAGAAGAGCGUUCGCGUAUCGAAAAGUUGGAGCGUAUCAUCAAGCUGCAGAAAACCUGGCCAUGGAGUCAACAGGAAAAGCCUAUCCAUAAGCGUUCCAAUUGCCAUUUGGUGCCGAGUGUAGCGUUGGAACGAUCGAAGAUCAAGCAACUGACGAACAUGGAGUCUUUGCCGUUCUACAAGCAUGGAUAUCUCACUCGGGUCUGAAAAUCGAGCGCAGCUAUAAAAACACAAAAACCUGCAACCUUCUUUUGUUUAUAAUUUCUAGUGUUUAACGAUGCUUGUCUCUCUCUCCCAGUUUGUGUUGGCUUGGAAAUAUACAAUAUUUUCUUUUAAA